AUGAUGAACAACAUGAUACCACACGGUGGAUACAGCCCUCAUACAGCAAGUCAUAUGCCUUCGCACCAUGCGCAGGCUGGUAUUCCCAUUUCGAUGGGAGCCUCUCCGGGCGGUGGUGGUUUGCCCACGGGACCGGGGGGUGCUAUGGCUAAUUCGCCCAUGAUGCAAGCUUCGUCGUACGGUGCAGCGCCACAGUACGGCGCGCAGCUCCCUCUUGCGGGGCGCCAUCGCGUGACUACAACCUUGUGGGAGGAUGAAGGCACACUUUGCUUCCAGGUCGAUGUAAAGGGCGUUUGCGUCGCCCGCCGGAACGACAAUAAUAUGGUCAACGGCACCAAGUUGCUGAAUGUGUGCGGAAUGUCGCGUGGUAAACGCGAUGGGAUUUUGAAGAAUGAGAAGGAGCGCAUCGUGGUCAAGGUUGGUGCGAUGCAUUUGAAAGGCGUUUGGAUUGCAUUUAAUCGCGCAAAGCAACUUGCAGAGCAGCACGGCAUUGCCGAUGCACUCUACCCGCUAUUCGAGCCGAAUAUCCAGUCUUUUCUUUACCACCCUGACAACUACCCACGAACUGCAGCGGUGAUGGCUGCCGCGCAGGAGCGCCAUGUACAGCGCCAUUAUGCUAGCCCCGCGGUGGGGCAGGCCAUGAAGGAUGUUGGCGGCGGCGACAUUGCAGCAGGCGUGCCAUUGCACACGGGUCUCGACAAUAAUCACUGGGGCAGUGCGUCACAAUCGCACGAGUCUUCAGGUGCGGCUGAUUCUGCGCUGCAUUACCAGUACCAACACCAUUCUCAUUACCAGCACCAUGCCUCCAUGAUUCCUCCACCCACUAACGCAGGGCCUGGGAUGUUUAGUGCGUCUGCCCCUCACUAUGCGUCGCAGGCAAUGCCACAACCUGUGCGGGCCGCCCGAAACGGUAAUAUGGCAAUGGAGCGCCGUGCUGAGCAUGCUGGCGAGCAGAGCGGUGCUUCGGGAACGCCAGGUACACUUUCUUCGUCGCAAGGAGGUGUCCACCGACGCAUCUCGGGAAUGAAACGCUCGAACGAGGACUAUAUGUCGUCUUCGAAUGACAGUACCCAUCACGAAAGCGAGCCGUCUUCGCAACCAUUGAACAGUGCUCCUGUAUCCAGUGCUGCUUCUGUGCCUGGAAAUGCGGAUACGUUUUCCUCGAACAACUUUACCCAAAAUUUCUCUCUGGACGACAACAUGAAAAUGACGAAACGCCCCAAGGUGACUGAAUCUGCCUCUCAGCCCUCCUUACCAUUGCAGACGGAGUCUGCGCCGCCCAUGCAGACUGUUUACAAUGGGGAGCAUGCUGUUAAAUCUAAUACUCGGACGCAGUCGCAAACCGAUUGA